GAGAGGUUUUGUAAACUCGCAUUUUGUAACCUUGUCCAAUGUCUAUUAUUGAAAAUGUUAUACAAAUAAAGUUGAAUUGAAUGAAAUAAAACUGGGAAACGCAGAACCCUUGUGAGUAUUUAUUUUGAAUGGCACACAAUCAACCUGCAUAAUUAAUUAAGUCUAUACAUUUUAUGCUAUCAUUUUAUCACGUUUUUCCUUUUUGUAUAGAAUAAAAUGUGUAUUAGUGCCAUCCAGGGGUUACAUUUGGAUUUAGGAGGUGGUAAAAUCCUACUUCCUUCAUGGGGGCCAAUGGAAUUAAUACAUCCCUGUCUAAUCUAUUUGGGUUAAUUAAAUGUUUCAUUCUUAAGGAAAAAAAAUCCACUCUGAAUGACUUAUUAAUCUUUAUAAUUAAGAUAUAAUCUUAAAUUCCACGCAAUGAUUAUUUUUUAAUGAAAUUCUGACUUGACAUUUUAAAGUUUAAACUUUUUUCCUUGACACUUUCCUACAUUACCCACAAUGCUGUUAAAAGUGGUUUUCAACAGGUUUUUUUUUUUUUUUUUUUGCUAAGUGGUUUGGCAUACGGUCUCUUUCCAAAUUAUUUUAACAUCAUGAUAAAUCCUGACAAUGAAUGGGAAAAUCAUUAUCAUUAUCAGAAUUAUAUAUAUAUAUAUAAAUAUAUUAAAUAUAUAUAAUAUAAUAAUGUAUUAGAUAUUUUAAUUUAGAAUUUUGGCUUGUGUUUAUUUAAAAGGUCGAUUAAUACAGUUAUACCGUGCGACCGUGAUAAUUUUGGACAAGGUGAUCAUACCGUCAACACCUCUCACAGGGACGCGCUCAUGCUGCCGUGACUCCGCCCACUCUCCCUGACGUCACCUAUUCAAAUGAAUAUUGGAGCGGCGGCGAGUCCGGCGAGGUGAAGCACAGUGGAGGAGGAACUGAAGGAAACUGGGAGCUGGGCUGUGUUUUUCCCUUUCAUAUGAGCGCAGAGUCUCCAGCGUGAAGAAUGCGGACAGGACUAGGCAAACUACUGCUUUUACACGUGUUCCUCAUGGAGACUUUUUAUACUAAAGGGAGUGAGACAGCUUGUGAAACGGGACAGUUCCGGUGUAGAAACGGCAGGUGUAUUCCCACACCGUGGAGAUGCGACGACGACGACGACUGCUCCGACAACAGCGACGAGGAGCACUGCUUGAAGACCACAUGUUCUUCGGCAGAUUUUACCUGUAAGAGCGGACAGUGUGUGCCAGCUCGCUGGAAGUGUGACGGAGAGCCUGAAUGCCUAGACGAAUCUGACGAGGCUGAAUCUACCUGCAAUAAGCAGACAUGUCCACCCGAGAAGUUUGACUGUGGAGGCAACACGAACAAAUGUGUGUCUCUGUCCUGGCGCUGUGACGGGGAGACGGAUUGUGAAAACGGAGCGGAUGAGGAACACUGUGCAGCCGAUGCGAAGGUUUGUCCGCCGAAAGAGUUCCAGUGCCGGAACGGCAUGUGCGUGGCCCCAGGCUUUGUCUGCGAUGGUGACGAUGACUGCGGAGACAACAGCGAUGAAGAGAAGUGCACAUCACACACAGCCACCACAUGCAGUCCUCAGGAGUUCCGCUGCAACAACUCCGAGUGUAUCCCGGCUCUGUGGAGCUGCGACGGCGACCCUGACUGCAAGGAUAAAUCAGACGAGUCGGUGGAGCGCUGUAGCAGCAGGAACGAGCCGCAGAAGCCAGGCUGCCCAGCUGGAGAGUUCCAGUGUGGCAGCGGAGAGUGCGUCCAUCUCAACUGGAAAUGUGACGGGGACCCGGACUGCAAGGACAAGUCCGAUGAGACAAACUGUCCUCUGCUUACCUGCAGGCCGGAUCAGUUUCAGUGUGGCGAUGGCUCCUGCAUUCACGGCACUAAACAGUGUAACCGUGAGCACGAUUGUCCAGACUUCAGUGACGAAGCAGGCUGCAUCAACAAGACUACUAAAUGCGAAGGGCCGCUGAAGUUCAUGUGUAAUAACGGAGAGUGUAUUGAUAGCAGCAGGGUGUGUGACAACAUCAAGGAUUGUAAGGACUGGUCAGACGAGCCUAUGAAGCAGUGUGGCCUCAAUGAAUGUGCCAAUAACAAUGGUGGCUGCUCUCACAUAUGCAGGGACCGGCGGAUAGGCUACGAGUGCGACUGUCCUUCAGGUUACACGCUGCUGGAUCAGAGGACUUGUGGAGACAUAGACGAAUGUGAGAACCCAGACGCCUGCAGUCAAAUUUGCAUCAACUACAAAGGCGACUACAAGUGUGAAUGCUACGAGGGCUAUGAAAUGGAUCCAGUUUCUAGCACGUGCAAGGCUGUGGGUCAAAGUCCAUACCUGAUGUUCACCAACCGCCACGAGAUCCGGCGGAUUGACCUGGUGAGGAGGGACUACACGCAGGUGGCACCCACCCUGAAAAAUGCUGUGGCAUUGGACGUGGACGUCACCACAAACAAGAUGUACUGGUGUGACCUUUUCCAUCGCAAGAUCUUCAGUGCAUACAUCAACAAAGCCAGUAACUCAUCUGAGCAGGUCACGCUUAUCGAUUCAGCACUACAUUCCCCAGAAGGCAUAGCUGUCGAUUGGGUCCACAAUAACAUCUACUGGACUGAUUCCGGACACAAAAGCAUCUCCGUUGCUACUACUGAUGGAAAAAAGAGAAAAGUGUUGGUUGAUAAUGAGCUGAGGGAACCACGGGCGAUUGCUCUUGACCCCAGACAAGGGUUCAUGUACUGGUCAGACUGGGGGGUGCAGGCUAAAAUUGAGAAGGCUGGGCUGAAUGGCGUGGACCGCCAGGUGCUGGUCUCGGAGCGAAUCGAAUGGCCUAAUGGGAUUACUUUAGAUUUGUCCAGCAGACGUCUGUACUGGGUAGACUCCAAACUCCACCUCAUCUCCAGUGUGGACCUGAAUGGGGAUAAUCGCAGGGUUCUGCUCUCGUCUACAGAGCACCUGGGCCACCCGUUCGCCCUCACGCUGUUUGAGGACCGAGUAUAUUGGACCGAUCUGGAGAACGAGGCUAUCUACAGUGUGAACCGGCUAACAGGCCAUGAUAUAUCCAUGCUGGCGCAGCACCUGAACAGCCCGCUGGACGUGGUGGUGUUCCAUGAGCUCCGGCAGCCCAAAGCUCCAGACAGCUGUAAUAUGGGGAGUUUGCCCAACGGAGGCUGUGAGUACCUGUGUCUGAGAGCGCCGCAGAUCACAGAGCACUCGCCCAGAUACACGUGCGCCUGUCCUGACGACGCUGAGCUCGGCCCAGACAUGCGCCGCUGUGUCGCAGUACCAAAGCCCAAGACUACAACAACUACACCUUCUACGACCACAAAAACAGAGCCUUAUACACCUUCCACAGCUCCAUCAACCACUCCAACUUCGACCAGUACCACCAGUAUGACGGCGUCUACUCCAAGUGCGCCAACUGCUUCAAGCACGCCUGCUCCUUCUACCACACACAGCACCACAGCUUUAUCUCUGUUAACCACACCACCUUCCACCACCGUGCAUUCAACUCCAGCACAAUCUCCCUCAAAAAGCAGCACUCAGAGCAGCACCACACUACCAUGGCAACGUCCCGUCUCCACCCAGAACACUACAGACAGCAGUCAAACACCCAGAUCCACCACCGUCUCUCCAAAAGACAAAUCAAACAGCGGGGACAGCAACCUCUCACACCGCGCUGCGGGUGGUCACUUCUUCCUAGGGAACAACAUCACCGUGGCAGUUCUGGGUGUCGUCAUCCCUAUAGUUCCUAUCCUUGCCACAGUGGUCCUCACCCUGGCGUGUACCGGAGGCUACCUGGUCUGGCGCAACUGGAGGCGGCGCAACACCAAGAGCAUGAACUUCGACAACCCAGUGUACCGCAAGACCACCGAGGAAGACGACGACGAGAUCCACAUCGGCCACAGCGAACAGAUCGGCCACAUCUACCCAGCCCGCGUGGCGCUCAGUGUGGACGAUGACGGAUUACCCUGAGGUUGUUUUCUCCUCCCCUCCCUCCCUCCAUCCCUGUGUCCAUCUAUCCACUUGUUUGGGACCAUCGGUCUGGUGGGGAGACUGCAGCACUGCACAGCAAAGCACAGAGAGAGCAGGACACACACACACACACACACACACACACACACGCAUGCACACGCUCUCUGUGGUGUAAGUGCUAUGUCCUUUAGAGGCUGUGUAGCUCUUCUCACUGAUUAGAGACUAACACUAACCUGUAGGUCUUCUAGCUCUAUUCUUUAUUACUGCGUCUCCGGCAGGAGCACUAGUAAUUAUUCCCCUUUAAUGAUGACCAACUUUACAGAACGCUGCUUCAUUAAGUAGAUACCGAGUCAUUUAAUUGCUGGUGUAAACUUGCAAAGUGUGUGGGCUGUGGGAGCAGGAAAGUGUGUGUGUGUGUGUGUGUGUGUGUGUGUGUGUGUGGGUGUGUGUGUGUGUGUGUGUGUGUAUGCACGCGUGCUUUAGAACAGGAGACAGGGGUGACCGUGACUAAUCUGCUUUGUUAGCACUGGACCAUUUUAUGAUGAAGACUUUUUGUGGAGCACACACACACACACACACACACACACACUGUAAAUUUCUGACGCAGCACUACAGUAUAUUAUGUUAUGUCUGCAGGCAGGUCUUAGAUGAAAUAAGAAAGGAAAUAUGACUUAUUAAAAAAAAAAAACAGUCAAUAGGAGAUAAAUGGUCAUGUCAUUCCUUGCAGCAUUCUUCUAGCACCACAUCAGCUGUAUUAAAUGUCUUCCCUACAUGACGGAUUCAGAGAGGGUUUUAAGGAUUUUAGGAUUUGAGGUUGAAAUUGUGAACGUGUGUCUUCAGAGCACCAACAACAGAGCUUCCCUGACCCAAAGCCUGUCACUCCUGAGCUCUUCCCACUCUCAUCGUCAUCAGCGUAUACUGACAAACGUACACUGCUCCUGAGCUUUCUUCUGCUCUCCAAUACAGCGUACACUCUCAGAUCAUUUAGUGUUCCUUGUCGCUGGAGUGGUUCCCUCAGUCGCAGGGGCACGGGAAGGUGUUUUACAUGGGGGUGCUGGAAUUUCAAGCAGCACAGAUCGGUUUAUCUAAAUGUGCUCAUUCUAAUACGUUAGCAUUCCUGUAACAGCUCAUUCGCAGGGACUUGUAUGACUUGAUUCUAUAAUCCAAGCCUAAUGAUAAACAGAUUCAAAGCAUCUUGUUGCAUAACAAAGAAAACGAUAUAGUCGUUGAUACGGUGAGGUUUUCUGUCUGGAGACGUUGUGUGUAUCACGCCACUCGUCUGUAUUCGCCACAUAAACUUCCACUUCCUA